AUGAAUUAUGAACGAGUUUACCACACAGCAUCCGUAUUAGCAAAUGGAAACGUAUUAGUUACUGGUGGACUUGGUACCAGUGUCAACGGUGCCGCUGCUCUAAAUACUUGUGAGUUGUAUGAUCCAUUGACAGGAACUUGGACUAUGACUGGUAAUUUGAAUUAUGGUCGAUAUGACCACACAGCAUCUAUAUUACCAGAUGGGAAAGUAUUAGUUACUGGUGGAACUGGUAAUGAUUAUGCAAAUAUGUCUGAAUUGUAUGAUCCAUCCAUAGGAACUUGGACAAGCAUCGGUAGUAUGAUUUAUGCAAGACGUGGACACACAGCAUCCUUAUUAGCAAAUGGAAAGGUACUGGUAGCUGGAGGAGUUGCUACUGUUUAUAUUGCUGAGUUGUAUGAUCCGUUAUCAGGAACUUGGAUGAGCACUGGUCGUUUGAAACAUCCACGAUUUCGCCACACAGCAUCCGUGUUAGCUACUGGACAAGUAUUAGUUAUAGGUGGAUAUGCAAGUCUCUAUCUAAAUAGUACUGAGUUAUAUGAUCCAACAAAAGGAAAUUGGAGUAGCACUGGUAAUAUGAAUUAUGCACGAUCUUACCAUACAGCAGCUGUAUUGACAAAUGGAAAAGUGUUAGUUGCUGGUGGAAUUGGCAAUAAUUUUCAAAAUAGUGCUGAAUUGUAUGACCCAUCGACGGGAAUUUGGACAAUGACUAGUAGUAUGAAUUAUGCACGAUCUUACCAUAAAACAGCCGUAUUGAAAAGUGGAAAAGUAUUAGUUGCUGGUGGACGUGAUGCCAAAGGGUUUUCACUAAAUAGUGUCGAGUUAUAUAAGCCAUCAACAGGAACUUGGACAACGAUUGACAGUAUGAAUAGUGAACGGUAUGAUUCAACAGUAUGCCUAUUGACAAAUGGAACAGUGUUAAUUACUGGUGGAUAUUAUGGUGGUUAUGUGAAUGCCACUGAUUUGUACGAUUCAUUAACAAGAACCUGGAUAAUCACUGGUAGUAUGAAUAAUCAACGAUAUGAUCACACAGCAUCGUUAUUAGCAAAUGGAAAAGUAUUAGUUACUGGUGGAUAUUAUGGUGAUUAUCUAAAUAGCACUGAGUUCUAUGAUCCAUCAAUAGGAACUUGGACAAGCACUACUGAUAUGAAUUGUAGACGAUCGCAACACACAGCAUCCGUACUAACAAAUGGAAAAGUAUUAGUUGCCGGCGGAGUUGACACUUAUUUUUUAAAUAGUUCUGAAUUGUAUGAUCCAUCAACAGAAACUUGGACAAGCACUGGUCAGAUGAUUUUUGGAGGGUGCCGUUACACGGCAUCCGUAUUAACGAAUGGAAAAGUGUUAGCCGCUGGUGGACAAGGUAGUGGUACUAUAAAUAAUGCUCAGUUGUAUGAUCCAUUAACAGGAACUUGGACAGCAGCUGCUAGUAUGACUACUCCACGAUAUUACCAUACAGCAUCCAUUUUAGCAAAUGGAACAGUAUUAAUUGCUGGCGGAAAUUCUUAUGGUUACCUAAAGAGUUCGGAAUUGUACGACCCAUCAACAGAAACUUGGACAAACAGUAGCGCCAUGUAUUAUGCACGAUCUCAACAUACAGCAUCUGUAUUAAAAAAUGGAAAUGUAUUAGUUGCUGGCGGAUUAGGCGAUUCUUUAUCUAGUUCUGAAUUGUAUGAUUCAUUAACAGGAAUCUGGACAGUGACUGGUAGUAUGAAUAUCGGACGAUAUUAUCAUACAGCAACAUUAUUAACGGAUGGUAAAGUGUUGGUUGUUGGUGGAUUCAAUAGCAGGGGGUUUUCUGUUGAUAGUGCUGAAUUGUAUGAUCUAUCCACAGGAAAUUGGACGAUCAUUGGCAGUAUGAAUGAUGAGCGAAGUCAGCACACAUCAUCUUUAUUGGUUAAUGGACAAGUGUUAGUUACAGGUGGUUACAUUUAUCAUAUUCUUAGUAGUUCUGAAGCAUAUUAG